GAGGAGUGAGCUUCCUUGAGGGCAAGGAAGACAUCUUUGAAGACUGGCGGGAAAAGUUCUUCAACACGUGGAAGACUGGACUCAUGUACUGGCCUUUCAUGCAGUUGCUGAACUUCGCGCUGCUGCCUCUGCACAUGCGCACGGCCUUCAUGGGCUGCUGCGCCUUCCUGUGGGCCACCUUCCUCUGCUUCUCCCGCCAGGACGGCGACGGCACGGUCGGCGUGGCGUUGGCCUUCGUCAUGGACCCCCGCAAGACUCUGGAGGAAAUGCGGCAGGCCCGCCUGGCCAGGAAGCGGGACCGAGAGACCCACAAGGAUAACUAGUCAGGUGCUACUGUUGAAUAUCAACCAGGAGCACCUGCUGGGUCCAAGACCAUGACCAUGUACAGUGGGUCCAUACAUGCGUGGGUGUUUUUGAAAUGUAUGCCAAGGCAACAGGUAGCGCUGUCGCCCUGGAACCGUAAAGCUGAGCCAGUCAGAAGGAAAGGCAGAAAAGACCUGUUGCUAAGAUGCUAAGCAA